CAAAAACAAAAAAAAAAAAAAAAAAUUCUUUUAAAUUUUAAGUUCACUUUUUACUAGUUUUCCAAAUUGUAUUUUCAUAGACUUCUGUUUUUCAUAAUUGCACCUAUUUGGAAAUAUAAUUGAACUAGUUUUCAGCCAUGGCAAACAGUGCUAAAAGAUUUCCAAAGUUGCGGUUCGCGCUUAUCACCGAGGAUGCCUUGGAGAUGCUGCGCCCGGAUAAAAAGUCUCAACAGUCGAGCCUUAUGGAGGUCAAGGACAUGUACGAGACGAUCAACAAUACGGUGAAUGUGCUGCUGGAGCAGAAGCUGCGCAACCUCAAACUGGACAAACUGGACCAGCUGAUCGAGGACAAGGUAUGCGAGGUACUCGAUCGCCACAGGGAGAUACGCAAGAGCAUGCGUGGCCUUGGAACGUCGAAGUCAUCCGAUGAAUCGAUUCAUACGGUAUCUGAAUUCGGCAGCAAGCCCGUCAGGCCGAUUAAGUUUGAUGCUCGAUCAAUAAAUUCCAUCGCCUCCAGAGGAAUGCGGGCCAAAAAGGCCAAGAAGGAGCUAUUCACCAGCGAUUUCCCAUAUAAAACGGAGCCGACCAACGAACGCAAGACGACACAAACGAAUAUUAAUAAUACCAAUAACAAUAAUAACAAUAAUAACAAUAUGAAUAAAAGUAAUAACAGAACUGGAAUCAAAAAUGGAAAUCCACGAUCUAUCGCGAUAACCGAUUCAAGGAAACCGCACUCCGCUCGGGACAUUGCGGUUAAGUAUUUUAAGGAAUUGGAUGAUCGAUGCAAACGCAAGCAAUAAACAUGCUUUAUCUGAGAUAUAUUAAUAUAUAUAUAUAUAUAUAUAUAUAUAUAUAUAUUUAUACGUUUAUAUUCAUUCUAAUGUUCUUAUGAUCAUAAGUAUAAUCAUUUGCCCAGACGAUUCUAUUAAAUUUUUAACGGACGUCAA